GGAAGGUAUUUCCGUGGUUAAUCUUCUUGAUUGUAGGCUUUCUGUGUAGCGAAACGGAGCAAAGAUGAUAAGCAUCAGAGUGAACAACUUUAACGAGAACUUUCUGAACGAAAGCGACGGCGAUCCCAACCCGGUGCUCAUUGAGUUGGACAAGGGCAUCCGGUCGAACAAGAUCGGCGAUCAGUGCGAGGCCAUCGUCCGUUUUCCCAAAUUGUUCGAGAAGUACCCGUUCCCGAUUUUGAUCAACUCGUCCUUCCUGAAGCUGGCCGAGUUCUUCCGCAUCGGCUCGAAUCUUUCGCGCCUCUGGAUCUUGCGCGUGUGCCAGCAGAGCGAGAAGCACCUGGAGAAAAUCCUGAACACGGACGAGUUCCUGAAGCGCAUCUUCAUGGUCAUCCACUCCAACGAUCCGGUGGCCCGAGCACUGACGCUUCGCACGCUGGGAGCGGUGGCCUUCAUUAUCCCGGAGAAGCAACACGUACACCAUGCGAUCCGCAUGGCACUCGACAGCCACGAUAUGGUGGAAGUAGAGGCGGCGAUCUGUGCCAGCGUGCAGUUUGCUGCGCAAUCGAAAACCUUCGCCGUCGGCAUGUGCUCGAAGGUGGCCUCGAUGAUCGAGAGUCUGCAGACGCCGGUCAACAUGAAACUACAUCUGAUACCGGUGCUACGCCACAUGCACCAUGAUGCGAGUACGGCGGCCCUCGUACGGGCGCUCUGUCGCGAUCUGCUUCCCAAGUAUCCGUCCGAGCAGUUUGUGGUGGAAAUCAUUCGUUCGUUGUCGCAGCUGUCGUGUGCUACGCUAGUCGACAUUCCGGAUCAGGUCGAUCUGUUGCUGGUGUACCUGCAGGAUCCGCGAAAGCGCGUUCAGUCAACGGUGCUGCUUUCGUUAAAGCGACUGGCUGAGAAGGGGGCUUAUCUGUGGCCCAAGACGGCCAUCAGUCGGUUGCUGGUACUUACACUGCAGUGUAGCAAUCAGAAUAUGGCACUGGAUGUUAUCCUGACGCUCACCAAGUGCCCGCACACAUGCCACACGAUGCUGAACGAGGAGCAGCAGCAGAUACUGGACGUUUGCAAGAAAUGCUUGCUGAUGGAGAACGACAGUGGCGGACGAGCAAUGACGAUUCUGACGAGUCUCAUAACGUACUGCCACACGGAGAAGAUUGCUCCGCCGGUGCACGUGCUGGAGUAUCUUAACAUGCACCUGGAGUUCUUGAUACACUCAUCAUUGCAGGACAAAUCUUCCAUCAAAGACUUCCGUCUGUAUUUGAAGUGCGGAGUGCAGCUGUCCAAGACGAGCCGCGAGUUCGGGGAAAGCUUUGCCGAAAUGAUUGCCGAGGUGCUGAGUGAGGACACAGCGCAUUCGACCGGUCAUUCAAAGUUGAUUUGCGAAGCACUCGGUGCCAUCUGCUCGAACGUGAUCGUUUCGUGUGAUUUCUACCAAAAUCAUCCGAUCGCGAACGCUAGCGAUCCGGUACCGUUUAGCUCCGUGAUGCAGCAUCUACUCAAGAAGCUCGAUUCGCUCGCUAGACCUGGUGCCGAGCUCGACAAGGAACGGGCCAAUAUUAUCGAGCUAUUGGCAGCCAUUUGUAUGCAGGCGAUGCUUGGUUCCUUUAUGCCAGACAACGUAAUCGGUAUCUUUUUGAAGCUGUUCCAGACGACCAACCCAUGGACGCAAUACCGUAUAGCUAGAUCGGCCUCACGCUAUGGACAGCACUUCCUUGCCGGGGUUAUCUAUGAGAAGCUAUCUAAAAAUAUUUCACUGGAGAACUUACAUUUCUACCUGGUAGCGCUGUAUCAGAUUUCGAAAGCGGAAUGCAUACUGAAUCAUGGUCAAGAAUUUGAGGUGUUAGUAGCGAAGCAUAUCAAACGAGAGCCUGCUGUCGCAGAACAAUCGACUAAACCGGGCGCUCUUACAUUGAUCGAUCGUCUGGAAAAGGCCAUCAAUCUGUAUUGUACCGCACUAUCCACACUGAAGGCCAGCUCUUCGUCACAACAUCCACUCGUCUUCCAAUCGGAACUGAUCCGUUUACGCUGUAUGCUGCUGGAGGUGCUGCACAGUAUCGUCAUCACGCGCAACACUCUCUGCAUCACGCCACCGUCGGAAAUAUCGCAAACCUUGGCACAGAACUGUCGCGAUCCGCUGCAAAAGUAUGGCCACAUCACCAAUCAACUACGGAAACAUGUGAAGCUGCUGAAAAACUGCGAAGACGCUUACGGUCGACUAUACAAGAGCUCGUUUGAUGCCGAUCCCGGCACGCUCGAGCAUCUGGAGGCGGUACAGCAUCUGUGUGCCACGCUGCAGCUCUCGAUCGAAACGAUUUCCAUCAUAAAUCCAUCAGAAACGGCAAAAAUUGAACCGGAAAGCUCACAUCCUGAGACGAAGUAUCUACUGUCGGUGUGCCGUCUGGUGGCUAAGCAACUGCAGACGAUUCCUGUGGAAGUUGGUGGCACGAAAACGCUCACCCACGAGCACACCGAUAUGAUGAUGCGACAGAUUGAAACGGUGCUUACGUCUUCCCACUGUAUGCCGCGAUUCUUUUUUCAGGUACUGCAGAACACCUCCGUAAAGCUAGCAUUUACCCCUCAACCGCGAGCAACAGGUGAACCGGUGUUUGUGCAACCCAAUAGUCACCUGGUCGUGAAGGUGGAAGGAGUUAUCCAGCAUUACGGCCGUACGCCUUCUCUCUUCCGAGCCAUCAACAGUGUCCAGCUGACCAUCAACUCUACCCUGAUCACGGCACGUCCGAACGAUGUGAAGCUGCCAUCGGAUAGCAUUACCCUGACGCAGAUCGUGAAACCACACCGGGACUUCCUAAGCGGCAGUUUUCUCAUUGCGCUCAACAAUACGGGCCACACGUUCAAUGGUGGGCCGGUCAGUUUGGGUGGCCAGUGGCAGCUGAAUCUGGAGACCUGCAUCAUCGACGAUAACGGAGUAAUGUGGCAUACUGGACCUAAGAGCACGCUGCAUGUGCGUAUACCGGAGGACGGUCAUAAGCAGACGCUCGGCAUGCAGUCCGUUGCCCGGCGUUUCUAAAACGGAUUGAAGCGAUAUAAAACUAAUGCAAACAUGGAAAUACUGGAAACACAAUGAUGAAAUAAAUGGUA